AUUUUAUUCAUUCAUCUUCUCUUUAGAAAGUUGAAUUUUGAAAAACAAAAUGGAAGGAUUACCAACAGAUCUGUGUUUGAAGAUUUUUUGUUUCUUAAAACAUCAAAGUCUUGCAACAGCUCAACAAGGAUUAUGUCUUGUUAAAAAGUAGAAGUGUAAUUGAAAAAUAAGAUAGACAAAAAGGACUUUCUAUUUUGGACGAACCUGUGUUAUUUUGGAUUUAUCUCUUGAAGUUCAUGAGGGUUAGCAGGAAAUGGAAGCACUUGGCAUCCCAGAACAUUCUAUGGUGCAAUUUAUUCAAGGAGAGGUGGGGAGAUGAUCAAGCAGCAUUUUACGCCCCUACAGAAUCUAAAACAUGGAAAAAUGUAUAUGAAGUUCAAGAUCGCUGUGAUAGAGUUGGAUUGGGACUGAAGAUCAUCAGAGAAGGUGGUGACUAUUAUCUUGUUCACCAAGGUGAGAUCCAAAGGUAUUUGGGUUCGAGGAAUGAUGAAAAAGAUGUGAAUGAUCACUCCUGUAAAAGAGGUCGAAUCACCAGUGAAGGAUCAUUUGAGGAAGAGGUAUUCUUGACAAAAUUCUUUUUUUAUGGGUGACCUAGAAAUGGCAGCAAGUGACGCAAAACGGAACAGAACUAUGUGAUGCGAAGCAAGAUCUGUUUUGGCAUGAUGAAAUGUGAAGUCCAGGUUGCCCUGAUGGAGAAGCAACAAUGUGAUGUUAACUUCGGAAAGGUCUUUGAAAUCUUGAUGGUGCAACCGUGUUAUUUUCUUCUCCGUGUAGUUGUUACCAAAUUGCUUGUAUGUAUGCAUGUAUUUAAGCUGUGAAAUAAAUUUGUUCAAAUGUUUUAUCUCCUGUUAAAAAAAAAAACAGUAUUCACUGUUUAUAUUCCUUUUUAUUAAUAAACAAAUGGUCUUCGAAGUUGCAA